AUGGAAGUUAGAGUGACACACUUACAGAUUAGACUCACAGGCACACUGAUUAGACUGACAUAUCUACAGGAGAAAGGCAGCGAGGAGAGCAAGCUCAUCCAAAGCUUCCGCGAGUCCCUGAACGCCCUGCCCAUCCCCCUGCUCACCUACGGAACGGCCCUCAACCCCGAGCUCCUGGACAACCCCAAGCCACCCUUCACUCCGGCUCUUAUCAAGAAGAUGGCAGAUAUCAUGAAGAAGAGGCAUAUUAACCUGAGAGAACAUGCUGAAAGGAUGCCGGAGUUUCGUGACGCUCUUCUAAAAAAAUCAGAGGAGGCAGAGAAAGGAGCUCUUAAUAUUAAUACCACGCGAGAAGAUGUCGAGGAGGCUUUAAAGAAAGUUGAUGCCACGCUUCAGGAAGUAGAGGACCAACUCUCGUUGCAUUUACCAGAUAAUCUAGACUGUUGGUUGUGUGGAUCAUUAUUCAGCAUUGCUGACAUUGAUUUAGCUAUUCUAUUAAAUCGCUUGAAUCAGCUGGGUUAUGAAAGAAGAUUUUGGUCUGAAGGUAAACGUCCAGCAUUACAGGCAUAUUGGGAACGUAUACAGAAGAGAGAUUCUUUCAAGAAGGCUACAUACUUCUCAGUUAAUGCUGUACACAUGACUAUGCUCAGAGGAGUUCUAAAGCAGAGUAAAACUUUCUUGGCAUCUCUCACAGUUGCUUUGGGUUUUGUAGCGAUAUCUUAUAUUGUGUAUCGUCGUGUGCAACAGUCUUAGUAAGAGGAAGGUUUUUUGUGCUCUUUGAUUCAACAUGUACAAUGUGAAAUAUUUAGGUACUCAAUAUAUAGUUAAUAGUUCCAUGUUGUUUCAAAAAUAGCUAAAUUUAAAGUUUCAGAUGGUCUAUUUGUAAUAUGUUAUACAAAGUUUUGUCCUAUUAUCUAGGGUUCCUGUCCCUGAAACCACAAUAGCCAAAGCACCUUUGACAUAUGGGACAGUCCAUUAGGGGUAAUGGUUAUGAUAAACAGUGAACCUACAUUAUUUGUUGAUGUUGUAAAUCAGUAUAAAUAAUGAGGCAAAAAAAGAAUAGAAAAGAAAGUGAAUGAUUGUUCUACACAUUAUCAUAUACAGAAGAGAACUGUAAUUAUGAGGUGAAAUAGGCAUCUAGUGUAUGUAAUUCUACCAAGAUCUUUGCUUGUGGAAUUACAGACAUGAAACCCAGCAUGCUCUCCUCUGACAUAAGGACGGUGUAGUGCUAGAAUCCAUGUACUAUGAAUCUUCCUCUCCAUGUAAUUAAAAAAUACUAUUUUUCUUGAAUCUACCAGGAAAGGUGCUUUAGCAAUAAUUGGUGGUGGUGUAUAGCCUUGUUGUUUAAGGUUUGGUAGCACAAAAAGGCAGCACUAUUUGCUACUCAGAGUUCAGGUUUGCUGUAUCUACAGAUACAGAAACCUAGAUUAUUGAUAUACUUGCCAAGGUGUUUUGUUUAUGACUGCUGUUUAGUAAGUGUAAAGUGGAGAUUCUCUAGGUUUGAGAAGGACUAUUUGAAUUUAAUUGUUUGGAACGGACUCUCAGGUUCAUAGUAUUUGUUUGGUUUCACUUAUUAACUGGAUUUUUUUGUUACCUGUUUAUAGAUCUAGUGUAUUUAGCAGAAAGUGAAUGCAAAAUUCAAACUAGUCAAAAAAUGUUAGAUAUUUAAUCUAACAUUUUAGGCUGUGGUCAUGAAUAUAAUCCUUGUGCAAUGUCUGCCAACAUUUUGAAAAUAUGGUACUCAGUAGAACUUGUUUUUGGUGGUGGGAAAUAUUUAAUUUUGAGAUCAUACACAAAUUGCCAGGUUAUUAAAGGAAUGGGCUUCGUAAAGUUCUUUCACAGUACUAUGAUAAUUGAUACUAUAGAUUUCCUCUGACCAAUGUUAGUAAAUUUACUAUGAAUUUUAUAUGAGCUAGAGAAUCUUCCAUCUUUUUUAUAAUGAGCUUGUGCAGUAUAAACACAAUAAGAGGCAAAUAGAUUUUUUUAUACAGAUGAAUAUAAUGUGUAAAUGAAAAUGUGAAUCAUAUGCUACUUAAGUGAAUUGGAAAUAUUGGUUUUCAGCUAACUGCCCUUCUUAUUCUUAUUUUGAUUUAAAGAUAUUGGACCCUAUUACAGAAACAGGUCUGCUCAUUGUACAUAAAUGUGACCUGUUUGACAGUUAAACACCACAGACAGUGCUAUAGAUUCAUGUUGUAAUAUCCAUUUUGGAAGAUAAUCAAUAUUGCAACUUGUAUUAGGGUUAAAAAUGAUUUCUUUUAAACUGAAGAGAAGGAAAGUUUUAUAAUGAAAAUGUUGAGAUUGUGAUCAAAUCACUUCCUGAGCCAUUCUACCUUCAGCAGUGUGACAUUCAAUUGGCCCAAAAAUGUGCACAUGAUACACCCCAAAAAUAUUGCAGAGUUCCAUUUUCAUUGUAUUUCUUUUAUAUAGUGAUGUAAAUAUACUUAGAAUAAAAUUGUGUAUGAUAAUGGCAAAACAAUGUAGAUAGAGUAGGUUAAGGUACAAAUCUGAAGUUGAUUGUCCAAAAUUGAUUUGUUUGUUAUGUGGAGAUAUUCAAUAUCUUUUAUGCAAGCAUUCUAGAACCUAAGGAUAUAUGUGUAUUUUAUUACGGUUUCAGAAUUGUGCCUGUUUUUUGUCCUGCCAUAAUCUAGGUCUAUUUUGGAGGUUUUAAGGUAAUUUUUUCCCCAUUUUUUUUUUCUCUAAUUAUCUUUGUCUUAUGAAAAUGAGAUUUCAAUUCACUUGGGCUUUGUUAUUAUAGGCCUGGUGUAUAGUUCAUGGUAUUAUAACUUUUCUUAUGUCAUUGCUCUUAGGAUCAUCUAUAACUUUUUAUUGCUCUCAAUUUUAUGUCAUUAUCUCAGGAAAGUGUAAUUUAUUGUCACUAUAUUUUUCUGAAACUUCUUUGUAUUUUAUACCAGACCAAUUUUCCUCCUUUUUUAUAUAGGAAAUACAGUCCAUCUUCAUCGAUAUCCAUCUUUAUUCCUGCAGGUGAUACUCAUAUUGUACAAGCACACAUGUAUCUAGAGAGACACAUCCACAUCCAUUGACAUUCACUCCUAAGCACACACUCAUUCACGGACUCAUGUGCUCUCCUUCACUUGUGCUCACAUGCACUCACACGUAUUAAAACUGUUACGCAUACUCUCAUGCACUCAAGAACUAAGACAAACACUAAUGCAUUUAUGCAUUAAACACUCAUGCACAUGUGCAUACAGAUAAGUAUGCAAAUAUACACACACGUGCAUGCAUGUGCAUGAGCAUGUGUAUGCACACGCACACACAUGCACAUGCACACGCACACGCACCCUCACACUCGCACUCACAUACACA